UUCAUAUAGUACCAUGCAAUGAUUGGUGUUGGAAUUCUUUUUUAGGAUUAUUCAUUGAAUCAGAUACAUUAUUAUUGAUAGCUGCAUGUAGCCACUACCACUGAACUGAUACAUCAUCUCUUCACAAAGAAAGAAAGAAAGAAAGAAUAAAUAAAUAUGACCAGUACUACCAACUCCGUAUUCUCUCAUGAUUGACCACCAUGAAGUUCCUCCUCUAUGCGAGAAAAUUCCCAUAAAAAAAACAAUUUAAACAAAGCAAUCGAUCUUACAACCUUCCUCCUUCGAUCUCUCCUCUAUCGUCUUCUUCACCUCUCUCAACAUGGCUAUCCCUGCCUCUUCGCCUUCUUAUGCGAAUCUUGGUUCACCUUCGAAUUCCUCCUCAAUCUCAACAAUAAGUGGACCCCAGUGGAUUUCAAAACUCACCCACAAAUCCUCUUACAAAGGGCGGAGACAGAGCUACCAGCGGUGGACCUGUUUGUGGCGACGGCGGGUGUGGCUUUGGAACCACCCAUAAUGACAGUCAACACCGUACAUGCUGUCACUCUUGGCGGAGGAGUGGCGUGCUACGUGUCAGACGAUGGUUGCUCCCAAUUCUCUCGCCUUUGGAUUCCUUUCUGUAAAAGGUACGAUAUUCAAGCCCGGGCUCCUUUCAGAUAUUUCUCUAAUGACGACGUCGUUUCGCCAAAUGGUUCCGCCCAGUGUCAUCUGGAAUGGCAAAGCAUGAAGGUAACGCUUAAUUAA